AUGGCGGAGCCGCCCCCCCCCUCCCCCCGGUCCCGGUCCCGGUCCCGGCCCCGCGCGGGGGCAGCGGGGGAGGGGGGGGGCGGGGCCGGGCUGGAAUUCGUGAUCGAGAGAACGUUUGAGGCGUGCGACCCCCACGGAACGGGCCGCGUUCCCGCCGCCCGGGUCCUCCAGUUCGUGGCGGCCGUGACCGGGCGCAGCGCGGGGGAGGGGCGGCUCCGCGCGCUCGGGGCCAUGCUGGAGGCGGCCGGAACCGGAACCGGAACCACCGGAAGCGGAAGUGACGCCGGGCUGGAGCGGGGCGCGUUCCACAGCGUCAUGGGGCGGUGGGUGCGGGAGUGCCGCAGGGCUCCCCCCAGCCCGGAGCCGCUGCAGCUCCUGUCCCGUGCCCAGCUCUUGGCCACCCACAACCGGCGGCUGCAGCGCGAGGCCGAGGCCAGCGAGGAGCAGAACUCGCGCCUGGGGGAGGAGCUCCAGGAACUGCGGGGGCAGCUCCGCAGCACCCAGCAGGCGCUGGAGCGGGCGCGUGCGGCCACCGAGGAGCUGGAGGACACCAAGGCUGUGGUGAAGGGGCUGGAGGAGCAGAACCUGGAGCUGCGGCGCAGGAUGAGGGCCCUGGAGAAGGAGCAGAGCAGCCUCCGCUCGCACGCUGAUGGGCUGCAGGAGGAGGCCCAGCUCUGCCGCUGCUCCGAGCUCCUGCUCAGCCACGAGGCCACCGCAGCCCAGGCUGGGCAGAGGGUGGCUGAGCUGACGACAGCGCUGGAGGAGUACGAGACAGCAGUGAGGGAGCAGCGGUUGGAGGCAGCACAGCUCCAGCACCAGUUGAACCAGCUCCAGGAGACCUGGGGCCUGUGA